CCCAACGCGGGCGCAAGCACUGAUUUUUUUGUAGAAACGGACUAAAAAUAUGUUGUGACGUCAUUGAAGUGUUACUGUCAAAAUGGCUUUUGAAUUGCAUGUGUUGAUUUUGUGCUUUUUUGAAUGGACUGUUAUGGCUCAAUUUGGGUCGAUGACAAUCAGUGUCGGCAUGGGUGGCGUAAGAAUGGACGAAGAAAAUUUGAGUAUAAGGGGCGGUUGUCCACCAAACACGGCGUGUAAACCAAUAAGCUCCUGUCCGUUGUUAGAAGACUUGUUAGACUUCUCGUGUUUCUCUUCCGAUAAAUACUUUCACCGUCUCAACCAGCUCACAUGCGGUCACGCUAACAAUGAAGACUAUGUAUGCUGUCCCUCCUGCGACUGCACAAGGGUCUUCAGCGAAGGCACCCAGAGAUGCGGACAGAGUAUGGUCAAAGCUAAUAACUAUAGUGGGAUUGGAGCUCAUCCAUGGGUUGCCAGGAUUGGUUUCUCCCACAAGGAGACUGGAAAUGUAAGGUUUGCCUGCAGUGGAUCCAUAAUAUCCAAACGUAUAGUGCUUACUGCUGCACACUGUGCUUUGGCUAAGCCAGAAGGAUACAAAUUAUCCACAGUAGUAGUAGGCGAAUGGGACACCAGUCGCAGCCCUGACUGCAACGAGUUCUUCUGUGCCCCACCCACACAAGCCAUCAAGGUGGAAAACGUGGUCGUUCACGUCGGCUACGAGCAGAAGAUAUUCAGGCACGAUAUAGCUCUGAUAGUACUCAAAGAGGAGAUCAAAUAUUCAGUGACAGCGGCGCCGGUCUGCCUCAACGACAGACCGGAAGUGGUUAUAAACGAGCGGGCCUAUCUGGUUGGCUGGGGCAAACUGUCAGGACAGAAUAAUGCGGUCAGUCGCCAACAGAUGCUAGACGUUCCCCUGGUGACCCUGGAGACCUGUGAGAGUAUCUUUGGUCAGUCCGUGCCCAUCCACGAGGGGCAGCUGUGUGCGGGGGGUGAGGAGGGGAGGGACGCCUGCUCCGGCUUUGGAGGGGCACCUCUGCUUUUAUACAGAGAUGAGAAGUUUGUGCAGGUGGGUAUAGUAUCAUUCGGGUCAGAAAACUGCGGCAGUGAGGGGGUUCCCAGCGUGUACACAAACGUGGCACACUAUUACCAAUGGAUCGUUGACAAUUCGCCAUCGUUUUAAAUUAUAUCUCAUAAACAUAUACAUAGGUAGUUUAAUUUGAACCAAAUGGCAGAAUAUCCAACAACAAGUUGUGGAAGGAAAAGACAUUAUGCGCUGACCGCACUUAAAAUGGGAUUUCGUAAGGAGCAAGAAGAAGCAUUUUAACAAAACUGGAUGAAAUUUCAAAAAAUCCAUCCAAUUGGCGAAUUCAAAUGCCAGUAACUGGCACAUGCCGGUGGCAUGCGUCCAAGUGUGCUAGCUACUGACAUGUGUAAUACAUGUAACAGAGAUGCAUUUUGUGGCAAAAUAAAGUGCUACAAUUAAGCAUCUCCCUUUCUCUCAUCUUCGCGUGUUCCUGGUUGUGGAACACCAAGAACCAAUGGUCCGUAAAAAAUUUUUGAAGAUUCGGCUCUGAUGUUAUGAAUUGGCGCCUGCCCGAAGUCACUUGGCAAGGCCUUGGCAUAGCGCUGUCGCCGAAUAUGGGUAUAUAGCUGUGAGACGGAUUUAUAUCCCUAGUUGCCUUGUACGACUAUCACGAGAGGGUUUGAAAUGUAAAUUAGCAUACCUACUGUAGUCCUUAUUUUAAAGUUGUUUGUGAGGUAUGAAAUGUAAUGAUGUAGGUAGGUAUCUGUAUUGUGUUAAAAUAUAAUUAUCAGCGCAAAUAAUAAUGUGAUAGAUACGAGUAAUAAU